CAGAGGCUUUAACCCUCUGAGCCCCCCCAGGCGCCUCGGAAGUGGGUUUUUCUUACUGUCUUGGUAGAAUCAGUGACAAGAUCUGGGACCAUCUCUUGCUUCGAUGGGACUCACCCGAGACCCUUGGCUUUGGGCAGCGCCUGUGCAAACGGGUGGGGGCGAAAUUGCAAGCGGGGGGUGGAACCGUGAGCCUCCGCUCCAGGGUGCCAGGGCUCAGGGCCGUCGGCUUCCUCCUCGGUGCCACUAGGCUUCUCCCGAGCGGAGAGCGCAUGCCUCUUCCUGGUGCAGAGCCCAGGGCGGUUUUACCGAAGAAGGAGAAGCUGAGGCUGCGGCGUGAGAGGUGGCUGCAGAAAAUCGAAGCCAUAAAGCUGGCGGAGCGGCAGCGCAAGGCGGAGCGGAGACGGAGGGCCGCGGUGGUGGUGGGGGACCUGCAGCCCCUGAGAGACGCCCUCCCCGAGCUGCUGGAGCUGGAGGCGGGUGCGCGGCAGCCCCGAGCCCGGGGGGUGAGCCGCAGGCCCCGGCCCGCCGAGCUGAGCCGCAUGAGCGCUGCGGAGAGGCGCCUGCUCCUGGAUGAAGAAAGGGCUCGCUUUCAGGAGCUGCUGGCCAGUCCAGCUUACAGGGCCAGCCCCCUCCUGGCCAUCGGGCAACAGCUGGCCCGGCAGGUGCAGCUGGACGGCGGCAGCCAGCUCUGAUGCAGCCCUGAGGCGUCCCAGGAGCUCCAGGGACCCGCCCCUUGCCGUCCUUGCCCCGAACCCGGCCAGAGAGCCCACCGCGAAAGUGAGGGCACCGUCACAGGUGUUGGGGUGAGGGCACUCCUCUGUGCUCCCCACAGUCCCUGGGCUUCCUUCCAGACUGCUCCUGGGCAGUCUCUUGCUUGGGGUCCCUCGGCACAACUGCCCACCCGGCUGGCUCUGCGCCUCCCCAGCUCCUCUGCAGCCCGAGAUGCUGUCCAGGCGGGUUCUGUGGGCGGCUGCUGCCCUCCCAGUUCCCAGGGGCUCCUGUCCGCUCCUCUUGGGUCGUGGCCCCCAUGCCCUGCCCCCCAGCCCUUUCCCCCUGUGUCUCCCUUGGGCUCCCAGCCCGCAUCGCUCCCGACCUGCCCCUGGCAUUGAGGUGAGCCGGGCCGCCGUCGUCUAGCGGCCGGCAGACCCAGAAGACCUGGUCCCGCCUGGGAGCAAGAUGGGCAUUUCCCUUCCGAAGCCGGGGUUUGGAGGCCAGGCUGCAAGGGCAGACUGCACCCCUAAGGGCCUGGGCUUGUCCGGGGGGUGUGCGGUGUGGGGGCCGGGCACCCAGGGCAGCAGCUCCCGACCCAGGGAAGCCCCAUCACCCGCGGGGCCAGGGCCGGGAUACCCAGUACCCGUGGCCUCGCUGUGGUGUGCGGGUGGGGCGUCCAGGCGCCAGGCACUCUGGGCUUUGUGGCCGACCUGGCGUGCGCUCGGGCAGUGUCGUCGACCUCGGGUGCCGGGGCUCUCUGGGCACGGGUGGCUGAAGGGAGUCCGAGCCUGUGCCCCGCCGCCAUUGGGCAUCCUGGACCCCUUCUCGCCACCAGAGCACACAGUGUCACGCCUCCCAGGAACAGGACACGGAAAGGGACAGGUGUGGCCUCUGAGGCUGCGCGUGGGAGCCUGAGUCCCCUCGGCCGGAGGUCUGGACAGGCCGCCGGCCUCGGAGCGACGGUGCUCUCCUGUCUUCGGCAGGGACGCUGGUUCCCCUUAAGCGAGAUGAGCUGUUCACAACGUGUUUGUGAUCGACUCGCGUUUGCAAUAAACAUGUGCGGGAGAACCCGAGUGGGGCCCGGCCGCCCUCUUGUCUCUCCAUCACGCUUGUCCGCA